AUGUUCCUGCUGCAGAGCACGUUCGCGAAGCCGAAGGUGGCGGACAUGCUGGAAGGACAUCGGCUGGUGAGGAUCGGGAAGGACUUCUCCCACGCGAGCUUGUGGGUCAGGCCGAUCGAGCUGCAGUGCCUGGGCUUCUACGCGGUAGCCGAGGCGGCAGGGGCGAAUGCGACAGAUCAGGCCGGCCAGGCGGAUUGGAUAUUCACGGCGAAGGGCGCGCGGAUAUGCGACGGACAGUGGGAAAGGCCGCCUGUUUUGUUUAGGGCGCAAGCCCCUGUCUCGGGUAGGGCACAGGCCCUUGGGCCCGGUUUGGUGGAAGUUUUUGGACGGGUGCAGGGUUUGUCUUUCCCGCUGCAGGUUCUGCGCUCGCCCCUGCAUCGCGCGCGCGGCGCAGGCCGCGUCCUGGGCAAAGGCGCCAUGCUGGCGCAAGCGCAGGCCCUAUUCUGGGGACAGGCGCAGGCCGUGGUUGCGUACUUCUUGAAUUCGGAUAAUUAA